AAACAAAUAUCUUUUAAUCAUAUCCCUACUCCUAAGAUGCAGCAAAUUCUGCUGACCCUGCUCCUGCUCUCCCUCUCCUCGUAUACCCUGUCACUUGACCCUACUUCUUGUGAAGAACUAAGGAUUGUGGAAACAAUUCCUGACGGUCUCACCUUCGCCAACUCCUCCCUUCCAAGAAAUGAGCCCACCACUAUGGCUCUUACUCAGCUACUCGAUGCAGCCCAACUUAAUCUUGAUAUCGCUGAGUAUUACUUUGAUCUGAGACCCAGCCCACCUGCCGAGGAUGGAUCUGAUGAAGAUGGGAGGGAUAUUUGGAGUGGUUUACGGAGAACUGGGUUGAGAUUAAAAGAAGCCGGAGGUGGAUUGAGGAUUGUGCACAAUGUUCCUGAUAAGGAGUUUCCUGAUCCUGAUACCAAGGAUUUAGCGGAUGCUGGAGCAGCAGAAGUGAGGUAUCUCGACUUUGAGAAACUGAUAGGGGGUGGGAUAAUCCAUACUAAGUUGUGGGUUGCUGAUCAGACAAGCUUCUAUCUUGGGUCUGCAAACAUGGACUGGCAAUCCCUUCGGCAGGUCAAAGAGUUGGGAAUCCUGGGUAUAAACUGUCGAGUUAUCGCUCAGGAUCUUCAAAAGAUGUUUGAAAUUUACUGGUAUCUUACAACCAACCCAGUUCCUGAUAAAUUCCCUGCAUCGUUGGAUACUUUAUACAACAGCAACAAUCCCAUGAGGUUUAAAACUAUGCAAUCAAACACUGUGAUGACAGCCUUUUUAGUUUCAAGCCCACCACAGUUUUGUACAAAAAGCCGAACUGUUGGAAUUGAUGGUCUGAUACAUGUGUUGGACUCAGCUGAGAAGUUCAUCCACAUUGAAGUAAUGGACUACUUUCCCGCCAUUAUCUACACUAAUCCUAACAAAUACUGGCCAGUUAUAGACGAUGCGCUGCGCAGAGCUGUUUUUAACCGUGGAGUUGAACUUAGGCUCCUGGUAGGUCUGAUGCCGCACAACCUGUCCCGAUCUGAUGAAUACCACUAUCUCUCCAGCCUUGCAGCUCUUGAUGGCAGCGGAAGAGACCAUAAAGUCGUCAGUAAAGUCAAACUGUUCAUCAUACCAGCCUACACACCCGCACAAGAACGUCUGCAGUACGCGCGAGUCAACCAUGCUAAAUUCGUUGUUACAGAUAAGAACACGUACGUGUCUACAAGUAACUGGUCUGGAGACUACUUCACCAGUAGGGGGAUUAGUAUGAUCAUGGAGAACGGGGGAGGGUGUGGUGUGUGUGGGACUGUGGCUGGAGUGUUUGAUAGGGACUGGGCCUCCGAGUAUACCAAACCUCUUAGACCCUGGGGUCCUGGGGGUGAUGGUGUGGAAAGUGAGGAGACUGCUGUGAUAUUUUGA